ACAUACAAGUACACAGCACAAUAACAGCGAGGGGACCAACCGCCUCUCCGCCUCUCCGCCUGCCGGGGGCUUCCAAAGGUGUUGGAUUGAAGGGUGCCUGCUGAAUGUCGCCUGCAACGCGCAACCUUCCGUUUCUAUUUGGCCGCCAAGAACCGAGUCGUCGGGCAGGUGCGAGCCCAGCUAGCAGUAGUGAGGCAGGAGUCGCGCCCACAGCGAAGGCAGCGCUCGCGGCCACCGUGACCGCAGCCCCCAAAGUCGCAGGCGCAGGCGCAGACGCAGGUGCAUCACCACUGACGCUUUCGUCCCAAGAUUUGGCCAACAUCCACAACAUCGAUAUCACUCCCCAUCCUACUCACCCUCGCCCUCCGCGCAAGUCCCUCGACCUCGCUCUACAGACCUCUGCCAGAACCAGCAUCGAAUCCACCCGCUCCGAUUUACUUCAAGAUCCUCUUCCGCUGACCUUUGCCCCAACCAUGGCGGCAACACCGGGGGGCUAUUCAAUUAACGUAAACGACCCGACCCUCAUUUCCCUCGUCAACAAACUACAAGAUGUCUUCACAACCGUCGGGGUCCAAAAUCCCAUCGAUUUACCUCAGAUUGUCGUUGUGGGUUCGCAAUCCAGCGGCAAAAGCUCUGUUCUUGAGAACAUAGUGGGAAGAGACUUUCUGCCUCGAGGGUCCGGAAUCGUGACCCGCCGACCUCUCGUCCUACAAUUGAUCAACAGACCGGCCCCGGCCAAACUACAGACAAAUGGCGUCACCGAGGAAGAGAUGAAGAAGACUACCGACAGUCAAGCCAAUGUGGAUGAAUGGGGAGAGUUUCUUCAUCUACCGGGUCAGAAAUUCCAUGACUUCAAUAAAAUCCGGGAUGAAAUUGUCAAGGAAACAGAGGCGAAGGCAGGCCGAAAUGUCGGCAUCUCACCACAGCCCAUCAACUUGCGGAUAUACUCGCCUAACGUUCUCACUCUCACAUUGGUCGACUUGCCUGGCUUGACAAAGGUGCCCGUGGGUGAUCAGCCACGAGAUAUCGAGAAACAGAUCAAGGAGAUGGUUCUCAAGCAAAUCCAAAAGCCCAAUGCCAUCAUCCUGGCAGUCACGGCUGCGAACGUUGAUUUGGCCAAUUCAGACGGUCUCAAACUCGCUCGGGAAGUCGACCCCGAAGGUCAGAGAACGAUCGGUGUCCUGACAAAGAUCGAUCUCAUGGACGCGGGCACGGACGUGGUCGAUAUCCUUGCUGGCCGAAUCAUCCCACUCAGGCUGGGCUACGUCCCUGUCGUCAAUCGAGGCCAACGUGAUAUUGAGAACAAGAAGCGGAUAGAUUUGGCCUUGAAAGCGGAAAAGGAAUUCUUCGAAAACCAUCCUUCUUACCGAAACAAAGCUUCAUACUGCGGCACUCCGUAUUUGGCCCGGAAACUCAACCUGAUUCUCAUGAUGCACAUCAAACAGACGCUGCCAGACAUCAAGACCCGCAUUGCGAGCUCCCUGCAGAAGUACAGCCAAGAAUUGGAGCAGCUGGGUGCCGGCGACCUACUUGGGAACAACAGCUCAAAUAUCAUCCUCAACAUCAUUACCGAAUUUGCCAACGAAUACCGGACUGUGCUAGACGGAAAUAGUGCCGAACUGUCGAGCAACGAACUCUCGGGUGGUGCUAGAAUUUCUUUUGUUUACCACGAGCUGUACUCGAAUGGUAUCAAGGCUAUCGACCCGUUCGACCAGGUCAAAGAUAUCGAUAUUCGAACGAUACUAUACAAUUCGUCUGGUUCCUCCCCGGCUCUCUUCGUCGGCACCACGGCUUUUGAACUCAUUGUGAAGCAACAAAUUCGACGGUUAGAGGAACCGUCAUUGAAAUGCGUUUCGCUGGUUUAUGACGAACUGGUCCGCAUUUUGAGUCAACUGCUGCAGAAACAAUUGUUCCGAAGAUAUCCUCAACUCAAAGAGAAAUUCCACGGCGUCGUCAUAUCCUUCUUCCGGAAAUCAAUGGAGCCGACGAACAAGCUGGUCAAAGACCUGGUUGCAAUGGAAGCUUGCUACAUCAACACGGGCCACCCCGAUUUUCUCAAUGGCCACCGUGCGAUGGCCAUUGUGAACGACCGGCAUAACGCCAACAAGCCGACUCAAGUCGACCCCAAAACGGGUAAGCCUUUGCCGCCACAGGUGCCGCCGCGGGCAGCAUCACCCAGCUUGCCUACGGACGGCUCGGACCAAAACUCCGGUUUCUUUGGGUCUUUCUUCGCCAGUAAGAAUAAGAAGAAGAUGGCUGCCAUGGAACCGCCCCCGGCGACACUCAAAGCUAGCGGAACACUAUCCGAGCGUGAGAACCAGGAAGUGGAGGUCAUCAAGCUGUUGAUCAAUAGUUACUUCAACAUUGUUCGAAGGACAAUGAUCGACAUGGUACCGAAAGCGAUUAUGCUCACCCUCGUGCAGUUCACCAAAGACGAAAUGCAACGAGAAUUGCUUGAGCAACUCUACCGAGCGCAGGAACUCGACGACCUUCUUAAGGAGAGCGACUACACUAUCAGACGACGCAAGGAGUGUCUCCAAAUGGUGGAAAGUCUGAGCAAAGCCAGCGAGAUUGUCAGCCAAGUGCAGUAGAAUGGCCAGUGAUAGCAGGCAUCUCACGCAGCAUUCCUGUCUCCGACAGAAGAGCAAACCGAAGAUUGUCUCUCUGAUGUGUGAUUGGAAAUGAGGCCGCAUACAGAGCCGCGUAGAAUGCUGGAGGAGAGACUGCCCUAAUGGCAUACCACGCAGACGCAACGGCAGGACGGGUGGCAGCCGGACAACCCGGUCCUUUGACCCGUGUUUUACAGCAAUCCGCUUCAGCAGUUAUGAUACCACAAUCUCACCGGACCCCUUUCCUGGAGCGAUUUGGAUUUGGCACCGAAGUUUAGAUUAGAAUGCGACUUGACGCGGAACCCUCUACGAAACCGACAUCAGUGACGGCACCGACGGUGGCGGGUGUCGGUAGGAACAGAUGAGACAAAGAGCAAUUAAUGGGAACGGCUGGCAAGCGAGGCAGAUUGGAGUCCAUGUAGGUCUCGCCAGCUAGGCGUUCUAGGAUACAGAUGGACUGCCUACGGCAAGAAUGACAUUCAUUCGAUUUCUAUCUCUCAAUUGAACAAUUGGUCGCCGGACUAAAAGCGACGCAUUUCGGGC